AUGUUGGAAGCUGUAUCAGGCUCGUUGGACAUCGCGCCAUGCGUGUUUCCCACGGAGAACCUCCAGGAGCGGAGAUUCAAAUCCAUCCCAUUAAGCCUCUCUGGUUCUAGCCCAGUCGCCAGCAAGGUGCUGCUGCGCGCUUGGGCAGUUGUUCUGCGAUACUAUGUGGGUAGCGAUACGAUCGCAUUUGGCAGAGUUGACGAUGGCAAUCCUGCGUCGCGAUUUGCAGUCUGCCAUGGCGAUAUUCCUGCGUCUGCUGCGCUGGAAAAAUUGCAGGUUUCACACGCUUCGGGCGAGUCAAAUAGCUCGUCUAUUUCAGAAUGGAUCGCAUCAAAUACCUUCAACACUCUUGUGUGGAUAAGCGCAAACUCCUCACUUGAUGAUUUGGAGAACACAUCGUGCUCUCUUGCCCUCUUAGUUUCCGAUACCCCCUCCUUAGCAUACGCUUCACAUACGAUUGGCGAGAACGUGGCCACUGCCGCAGCUGAAGGCGUGGCCCAUGUGGCCAGCAUAAUUACCAACUCACCUCAAACCACAAUUGGCGCAGUAGAUCUCUUUGGUCCUGCGUCAUGGUCCCAGCUCGAAGAGUGGAACGCGGACCUCCCCGAAAUGAUCGAGGAGUGUAUGCAUGAGAUUAUCGACCAACAAGCGCAGACUCGUCCCGAAUCCACAGCAUUGGAGUGCUGGGACGGCUCCAUAUCGUACGCGCAAUUGGUAGACUACACUGACCGACUGGGCAACUUUUUGAUCUCCCAAAAUGUUGGCCCUGAAGUCUUUGUGCCCGUCUGUUUCGAUAAGUCCCUCUGGGCCGUAGUCUCCAUGCUAGGUGUCUUGAAGGCUGGCGGUGCCUUUGUGUGUAUUGACCCGGCGCAGCCAGUAGAUCGGUUGCAAACGAUCAUAAGCGAAGUAGAUGCGCAGAUCGCGUUGGGAGCCCCAGCUUACCGCGAUCUGCUAUCUGGCAUGACUUCGAACGUCAUCCCAGUCGACGCCGACUUCAUCCUCGGCCUUCCCUCCUCCUCCCCUCUUCCUCGUCGUGCCUCCCCCCAUGAUGCCGCUUUUGCCAUCUUCACAUCGGGAAGCACUGGCAAGCCAAAGGGCGUGGUCCAUGAGCACCGCGCCAUGUGCUCUAGUGCCAGACGACACGCUGCGAAGAUGAAUAUCAACAGCGAGACCCGCACCUUCCAAUUUGCCUCAUAUACCUUCAUUGUCAACACAUUCGAGCUAUUUACUCCCUUGGUGGAAGGUGGUUGCGUCUGUGUCCCCUCCAAGGAGGAUCGACUGGGACGCACCGCUGGUGCCAUGCGUGACUUAAAUGCCAAUUGGGCAUGUUUGACCCCGUCCUUCCUCCGGUCGAUCAAGCCCGAAGACAUUCCACAGCUCCGAACCCUCCUCCUGGCUGGAGAGCCCGUUCAACAAGACAGUCUCGACACAUGGCGCAGCCGGGUGACAAUGAUGAACAUGUACGGUGCCUCCGAGGCUUCAGUUUGCGUGACUGGAGACUUGUCGGGCAAAGUUGAACGAUCAACUAUUGGAACUGGUACUGGUUGCAUAACCUGGAUUGUGGACCCGACGGAUCAUGACCGACUUGCACCUCUCGGAGCAACUGGAGAGUUGGUCGUCGAGGGCCCGAUCCUCGGUCGUGAGUACAUCCACCAGCCUGACAAGACGGCCGACGUUUUCAUCUCCGGCACACCCUGGAUGGAGGAGAUGCGUGGCGGUGUGCCAACGCGUGCAUACAAAACCGGUGAUUUGGUUAGAUAUGGAACUGAUGGCCGCAUCAACCUUGUUGGCCGAAAGGACAUGCAGGUCAAACUCAGAGGUCAGCGAAUCGAGCUGGAAGAGGUCGAGUUCCACCUGCGACAGGUCGUCCCUCGCGGCAUUGAGGUCGUAGUCGGUCUGGCAAAGCCCGUUGACCAGCUCGAUCGGCCCAUGCUUGCCGCCUUCGUCGCCUUGAAGAAGGCGUUUGGUGAUAACUUCUAUCCUGUUGAUGAGGAGGUCGCUGGACAACUUGAAUCUCAGCUGACUGGGUGGAAGAGCAAGGUGGCCGAAUCCGUUCCUGGGUACAUGGUCCCAUCCACCGCCGUUAAGCUCAAUCAUUUGCCUUUAACCGCUUCUGGAAAGAUCAACCGUAAGGCUAUUGGCGACUUUGCCUGCACACUCACAGUGGCUGAGUUAACUGGAGCUGCAAAGAAGGACUACAAGGAACCUGCCACGAGCACCGGCAAGGUGCUACGCAGCAUGUGGGCUGAAGCUUUGGACUUGAAGGAAGAAGCCAUCUCUGCGGGCGACAGCUUCCUUGAGCUUGGAGGAAACUCCAUCGAUGCCAUGAAGCUGGUCAAUUUGGCCCGGAAUGCAAGCAUUAAGCUCAGCGUGGCAGAGAUCUUUACCCUCCCUGUUCUGGAUGAAAUGGCCGAGUCCGUGUCUCAGCUGGAUUACCAGACCUUUGAAGAUGUCCCAUUCUCCCUGGUCGGCGAUAAUGCUGACUCUCUCAUUCAGGAGGUCGCCAAGCUCUGCCAGGUCACUCCAUUGGAGAUCGAAGACUUAUACCCAUGUACUGCAAUGCAGGAGGGUCUGAUGGCUCUCUCGGAUAGCCGUGAUGGCGCCUAUGUGGCCCAUCACACCCUCGCUCUGAGCCCAGCGGUCGAUUUGAACCAGUUCAAGCGCGCCUUCCAGGAGGUGGUGACAGCUCAUCCUGUCCUUCGGACGUGCAUCGUCUACCCUGAGCAGACUGGCUCGCACCAGGCUGUUAUUAAGGGGGACAUCGAAUGGCGCACCGCCGAUACUCUCGAGGCUUACAUGAAAAUGGACAAGCAGCGCCCCAUGAGGGCAGGCCAGCUCUUGACCCGCUAUGGCCUUGUUCCUAAUGGACAUGGAUGGACUUUUGUCUGGACCGUUCACCAUGCCGUCUACGAUGCCUGGACGCUGGACUUGACCUUUGAUCGUCUGGACAAGGCAUACAAGGGCCAGACCAUGGAACGUGAUAGCACUUUCAAGGAGUUCAUGGCCCAUGUGGUCAGCACCGAUGCCGACGCUACUAAGAAGUUCUGGCAGGAGUACCUGGCGGGUGCCACCCGAAACGAGUUCCCUUCGGCCGUUUCCACAUCCAAGCAGCCAGUCGCAGACGCCUCCGUGGAGCAUGAGAUGACCAUUAACCGCACCGAUGAGCUUGCCGGUAUCACUGUCGCCUCCAUGAUCCGCGCCGCGUGGGGUGUUCUCAUCGGCUCCCACUCGGAGGCAGACGACGUGGUGUUUGGCUCCAUUGUGUCCGGUCGUAACGCACCCAUUGCCAAUGCAGACCAACUCUUCGGGCCAGGUAUUGCCGCAGUCCCACUGCGCGUCAAGUUCCCUGAUAACGACACUCUGACGAUCCGCGAUUUCAUCGGUGAGGUCCAGGCCCAGUCUACAAAGAUGAUCUCGUUUGAACAAGCUGGUUUGCAGAACAUCAGCCGUGUGAGCGCAGCUGCUACUCAGGCUUGCGACUUCCAGACCCUUCUGGUGGUGCAGCCCCACAAGGAGAAAUAUAUCCCAACCGACGAGAUUGACUUGCGAGCUGUCUCCGAUGUUGAUGCUAACUUUGGAACCUACGCCUUGACUCUGGAAUGUAGCCUCAAGUUUAAUGGGGCCGCUUUUGCCGCCCACUAUGAUUCUAGUCUGGUUUCUAAGGACCUUGUACAGCGCAUCCUCGGUCAGCUCGAGAACCUUGUGCAGCAGAUGUGCUCCGCCCCCGCGGACAAGAAGCUGAAUGAAUUGGUCUUUAUCAGUGCCCAAGACCAGAAGAGUAUCCGCGAGUGGAACAAGCACAUUCCGAAGCCUAUCCACAAAACUAUUCACCAGAUGAUCGGAGAACGCAUUGCCGAACGCCCUGAUCACGAGGCGGUUUGCUCCUGGGACGGCUCUUUCACCUACUCUGAACUGGACCAGCAUGCUGCCCGUCUUGCACGCCGCCUUCGCCAAUUGGACACCCAGCCGGAAACCUUUGUUCCUUGCUGCUUUGAGAAGAGUCGCUGGGCGUUGCCCGCCAUGCUCGGUGUCUUGCGUGCUGGAGGUGCCUUCCUCAACCUUGAUCCAUCCCAGCCUGCCAACCGUAUUCAGCUCAUGAUCAGGAAGCUCAAGGCUAAGACUGUCGUCUGUUCUCCCCAGCAAUACGAUCUUUGCCGUAGCAUGAGCGAAGAUCUCAAUAUCGUCGUUCUGGAUGCUGAGACCCCCGAGGCAAAUCUUCCGGAGCCAUCUCCAUCUGAUGUGAAGCCUGAGAAUGCUGCGUAUGUCAUUUUCACAUCUGGAAGUACUGGUGAGCCCAAAGGUACCAUCAUUCAACACGGCCACUUUGCCAUUGGCUCAGUGACCCAUGCUCCCGCAAUGCUGAUUGAUGGUAACUCUCGUGGCCUGCAAUUUGCCUCCUGGACCUUCGAUGCCAGUAUAGUUGAGACAAUCACCAUGCUGAUCGCUGGUGGCUGUGUCUGUAUUGCAUCUGAGGAGCAGCGAAAGAGAGAUGUAGCCGAGGCAGUUCGCAACACAAGGGCCAACUGGGCGGCGCUCACGCCAUCCUUUGUCAACCUGCUCAGCCCUGAUGAUGUACCAUCCAUCAAGGUUCUGAUUCUGGCUGGAGAAGCCAUGUCUCAAUCCCACAUCGAAACAUGGGGUCACCGUGUGCGACUGGUCAAUGGCUACGGUCCAUCUGAGUGCUGCGUUGCCUCCACUUCCAACAUUGAUGUGACGCUCAGUACCAGCCCACGUAACAUUGGACACAUGUGCUCUGGUGUUGCCUGGGUUGUUAUGCCCACAAAUCACCACCGACUGGUGCCUGUUGGCAGUGUCGGAGAGUUGGUUCUCGAGGGCUGGAACGUUGGCCGCGGUUAUCUGGAGGAGCCAGCCAAGACACAGGCUGCAUUUGUUGAGAACCCGUUGUGGAUGGACCUUGGUAACGAGAUGAGAUCUCCUAUUGUCUACAAGACCGGCGAUCUAGUUCGUUACAAUGCUGAUGGGUCCCUCGACUUCCAGCGCCGAAAGGAUACUCAAGUCAAGCUGCGCGGCCAGCGUGUCGAACUGGGAGAGAUUGAGUAUCGCAUUAAACAAAGCUUGCCCAACAAGCCCGAUGCCGUUGUCGACAUUGUUUGCCCAAAGGAUGCCUCUGACCAGCCUCGAUUGGUUGCAUUCAUCCCCGUGCCUCCUGAAGAGGCCCGCCGCAAGCCAAACUCGAUCUUCAUGAUGAAUCAGCCCGAGACAAUCAUUCCUGCGCUGAAUGAGCGACACUUGACUUCUGUCUCUGGCCUUGAGGACCGACUGUCAGACUUCCUCCCCAUGCACAUGAUUCCCAGUGCCUAUCUUCCGGUUUAUCACAUUCCCAAGAUGCCCUCUGGCAAGGCUGAUCGGAAGACCUUGAUCAAGAUCGGAAGUGGAUUUACGCAUCGCCAGAUGGCUGAGUACUCUGGUGCCACUGAGGAUACUCGCCCAGCCACUACUGAUAUGCAGGUUACUAUGCAGCAGAUGUGGGCAGAGGUCUUGAAGAUGCCUGCUGCGCAGAUCAGCUUGAAUGACAACUUCAUUCGCCUGGGUGGUGAUUCUAUUACUGCCAUGCGAUUGGCCUCGGCAUCGCGUACUCGAGGCAUCCCCCUAUCCACUGCCAUCAUCUUCCAGCACCCAACUCUUGAAGCCAUGAGUACUCUUGCUGAGUCUCUGUCGCAGCAGCAGCUACCUCAAACUUUCGAGCCGUUCUCCACCCUCAAAUCAAUCUCCAAGAAUAGACUUCUUGACGACAUCAUUCUCCCCCAGGUCGGCGUGCCUGCAUUCCAGGUCCAAGAUGCCCUGGAGGCCACUGACUUCCAGUCGCUCGCCAUCAACGGCGGUCUCAACCAGACCCGUGGUUGGAGCAACUACUUGGUCUUCGAUUUCGACGGACCCAUUGACCUCCACCGGUUGCAGACGGCCUGUGAGAAGCUCAUCGCCCGUCAUGACAUCCUCCGUACCGUAUUCGUUUCGACUGGCUCAGCACUGAUCCAGGUCGUGCUCCGUACAGUCACCCCCGAGUACAGCUUACACUACCAAGAUGAGCAAGACCCAACUGAAACUCUCAUCCGUGAGGAUCUCGCUCGGCCACCUCAUCUGGGCGAGGUUAUCGUGCGCUUCAUGCUUGUCAAGAACGGCGCCACCAAGCACCGACUGAUCAUGCGCAUUUCGCACGCUCAGUAUGAUGGUGGCUCUAUGCCUCAUCUGAUGCAGGACUUACGUACUGCUUACCGCCGUGACGAAUUGCCUGAGAGAACCCAAUUCGGGGACUUCGUGCGCAUGCAGCUCUACAGCAGUGAGAACGCCGAAGCCUUCUACAAGGAGAUGCUCGCUGGUGCGAACAUGACCUCGGUCGUCACGCACACUACAUCAUCUAAAACCAACGUGCUAAACACAAUGGCUGCAGAUAUGGUGCCUCUAGUGGCAUUCAAGAGCCACGGCAUCACAGCUGCCACUGUCGUCAAGGCCGCGUGGGCUCUUGUGCUCGCCGAUAUGGCCGCAACACCCGAUGUUGUGUAUGGACACAUGGUGUCUGGACGUAACUUGUCGCUCGAUGGUGUCGAGGGCAUCGUCGGCCCAUGUCUGAACAUUGUUCCAGUACGAGCUGACAUGACAAAUAUGACCACUGUCCUCGAGCUCCUGCGCCACAUCCAGCAGCAGCAGACCGACACAAUUCCCCACGAAAGCAUGGGCUUCCAGCAGAUCAUCAACAAGUGCACCAACUGGUCUGCAGCAACUCGCUUCAGCUCCGUCUUCCAAUACCAGGACUUCGGUGGCGAAGAAGCUGCCCCAGGUCAGCCUGUGAACUUUGAGGGUAUUCUUAAGUGUGCUCCUGGUUUCGUCUGUCCCUCGCCUGAUGCCUGUGACAUGUCCAUCCUGGCCACACCCGCUGGCGAUAAAAUCCGCAUUGAGAUGAUCUUCUCGAGCCACGCCAUCCCGCGCGAGUUUGCCGACAGCAUGCUGAAGAAGCUCGGCUCCAAGCUGGCGCUGAUCUCCAGCAACGUCGAGGGCCCGCUGAUCACGCACCAGAUGCGUUCCCAGAAGCCCCAAAUACCUCUUCCCGAGCCAGGCCGCAAGGUCACUCCUGCUCCUGCCCCUGCUCCUGUUGAUCCUCCUCGAAAGAGCAGUGGUCGUGGUCUCAGUGGCGUUGUUAAGGCUAUGGUCAGCGGUAUCAACUCGCACCUCUCUCCCCCGAGUAGCCCAGUUACUCCGACAACCCCGACACUGCCAAAUAGCCCGACCAGCCCAACUGGCUCGGAUCGCCCGUUGAGUUCGCAAAGUGGAGGGCUUGCUCCGCUUAAUGAGAAGAUCAACCUGUUGGCAUCUGUGAAGAUUAAUUGA